AUGCUAUUCGCGAGGUUCCUCUCGUUUUCAGGACUGAAUCAAAUCCAGUCAGUCGUGCAGUCUAGUUUCCUGAAGCAUGCUCUGCAGGCAGCCAAUGUCUUGCAAACGAGGAACUACAACGCCAGUCUCGGCCUUUGGCCGGAUGAGAAUCAUUGGUGGCAAUCCGCUCGAUGUCUUACGGCUCUCAUCGAUCUCGCGACGAUCGAAACGAGUUUCAAGUCGAAUGUCACGGCAAUUGUCGCGCAUACGUACGAAACGAACAAGAGUAAGGGCGGUGGAAACUUCACCAAUGACUACUACGACGACGGCGGCUGGUGGGCUCUCGCGUUCAUCAAGGCCUCAGAUAUGACUCAGGGCACUGAACAUUUUAUGCCGGAAUACCUUGACACGGCCAAAUCGAUAUUUGACAACAUGACGGAUGCCUGGGGAACGAAGUGUGAUGGCGGCAUCCCAUGGACGAGGAGCGAUCCUCAUCCGUAUCUCGGGGCCAUUCAGAACGAGCUCUAUCUCAGCGUCGCAGCCCACCUCGCGAACCGCGCAUCCACGGCCAUGGAGAAGAGCAAGUAUCUGAAAGGGGCACAAAAGGGGUGGUCCUGGUUCAGAAACAGCGGUAUGAUCAACUCGAAAGGAAUCAUCAAUAAUGGGUUGAAUGAUCGUUGCAAGAACGACAUGGGAACAACCUGGACGUACAACCAAGGGGCUGUGCUGAAGAACAGAAAUUUGGUCAACGAGCGGGGUAUUCUCCGUGAGCCUUGCGAGACGACUGGCAAACCAUGCGAUGGGGAUCAGAGGUUGUUCAAGGGGAUAUUUACUGGUGGGCUAGCAACGCUACAUAAGAGGAGUCCUCACCCUAGCUAUCGACAGUUCUUGGAACGGAACGCCCAGGCCUUGUGGGGAUAUGGUUCAAGAAACGGACAGACCUCCUUGCGCUGGACUGGCCCCUUCAACACCACUGAACUGGAUGUCGGAACCCAGUACUCAGGCGUGGCUGCUCUGGUGGCAGCUGCAUCCGUCGAGAAACCCCUCGACUUUGGUGUUGAGCUUGAGAGAGUUGCUGAAGACCCCAAAGUCAACAGGUGA